AUGGCCCCUGUUGCUCUGACCCCUGUGUCGCCGCCGUCGCCCACCCUGGAUAGCACAUCCAAGCUGACCAAAGCUGGGACCGACACACUCCUGGCGCAGACCAUAUCAAACGACUCUCGGGCAGUGGCCGACCUCGACGCCUCAAAAUUGACCAUCACUCCCAAUCUGAACCCCAAACCCGUGCCAGCCCUGACCUCACCCGAAGUGUGGACUCAAAAUGUCACGACGGACCACAUGCUCACGGUGCGCUGGACCCUUCAAUCAGGCUGGGACGCGCCCGAGAUCCAACCAUACGGGCCCCUCUCCAUCAUGCCCACGGCCUCGGUGCUGCACUACGCGACGGAAUGUUUCGAAGGCAUGAAAGCGUACCGAGGUCACGAUGGAAAAGUGCGCCUGUUCCGCCCUGAACGCAAUGCAAAACGCUUUCUGCAGUCCGCGACUCGCAUCGCGCUGCCAGGAUUCCCGCCCUCGGAGUUUCUCAAGCUGCUCAAGAAGUUCGUCGGCGUUGAGGCCCGGAAGUGGAUUUCGGAACCGGGUCAGUUCAUAUACAUCCGCCCGACGAUGAUCGCAACGGCACCAGCUUUGGGUGUACAGAAGCCCAAAGAGGCGCUGAUGUACAUCAUGAUGGUCAUGUUUCCGCCGCUUGACGAGCCGAAUCCCAGUAACACGGCCCCUGCACCCAGCAGCGGGCUGGCCGCGAGUGGAACCCAGACCAACGGGGACAGCACAGCCAAAGAUCGCGCAUCGCGAGGCAUGCGUCUCCUCGCCUCCCGGCAUGACAUGAUCCGCGCAUGGCCCGGCGGGUUCGGCAACGCAAAAGUCGGCGCCAACUACGGUCCCUCACUGCUGGCCCAAGGCGAAGCGCGUGAACGCGGCUAUGAUCAGAUCUUGUGGCUGUUCGGCGACGAAUGCUUUGUAACGGAGGCAGGCGGCAUGAAUUUCUUCGUGCUGUUGAAGAAUCAAAACACGGGCCGGAGGGAAUUGAUUACUGCGCCGUUGGGUGAUGGUGUCAUUUUGGAGGGCGUCACGCGCGCCAGUGUGCUGGACUUGGUGCGGGACUCAAGGCCCGAGGUCGACAUUGUGGAGCGGAGGUUCACGAUGCAGGAACUGCUUGAAGCGAACGAGGAGGGUCGUUUGAUCGAAGCCUUCGGUGCAGGCACAGCUUUUUUCAUCUCGCCUGUGGCGGACAUUCACUUCAGAGGCAUGGAUGUAGUGCUACCGCUGGGUAAGGCGGAAGGCCAUGGAGAGUUCGCCAUGGCGGUGAAGAAAGACUUGAAGGACAUCAUGUAUGGGGCUUUGAGCCAUGAGUGGGGUGUCGUGAUCGAUGAGGUGGAAAUAUAA